GGCGAAGGCUUCGGAAGGGGAAAGUUGGCUAGUGGCUUGUUACUUGUUUCUUUCUCUACUGUGCUUUCUACCGUAAAAACGAGGAUUAUGUGACGCACAUUUAGUUGUAACUAGCGUGUAGCUGCCGCAGCUUUGAUGGAUGAAAGCAGAGGCUGUCAACAGUGAAAGGCUGGAGGAAGAGGAAGAUGUCCACGGCUAAUGUUAGCGAAAACAUCCGACUGAAGUUUCCCCUGCAUUCCGCAGUUUGGGGGAAUGAUUACAGGAAACUGGAAGAGGAAUUAAGAUUAUCACGGCAUGACGUUGAAGCUGUGGACCCAAGAGGUCGGACCCCUUUGCACCUGGCUGUGUCGCUCGGACACCUAGAGUCAGUGAGAGUCCUCCUGAGACAUGGUGCCGAAGUGACUAAAGAAAAUAGCAACAGCUGGACAGUGCUGCAAGAAGCAGUCAGCACCGGCGAUCCAGAGAUGGUUCAAUUAGUGCUUCAACGUAGAGACUACCUCAAAGCCUCCACUGCGCUGGGAGGAGUGCCUGAACUUCUGCUGAAGAUCAGAGAGUCUCCAGACUUCUAUAUGGAAAUGAAGUGGGAGUUUACCAGCUGGAUCCCCUUUCUGUCCCGGAUUUGUCCAAGUGAUGUUUGUCGCAUCUGGAAAAGUGGCGCCUGCCUGCGAGUGGACGUCACUCUCCUCGGCUUCGAAAACAUGACGUGGAUCAGAGGCCGGAGAAGUUACAUCUUCAGAGGAGACGAAUCGUGUGCAGAGUUGAUGGAGGUGAACCAUGAUGAUAAAGUUGUUGACGUUGAGCGCUUCAACAUAUCUCAAGAAAUGGAAGAUGUCACGCUGGAGUCGAUGCAGCCAGCUGAACAGGAAGUUGCCAAAAGGUUGACGACACCGAUCGUCAACACCUACUUGGACACAAAGAAUAUUGCUUUUGAAAGGAACAAGUCGGGGAUAUGGGGUUGGAAAACGGAGAAAACAGAAGUGAUCCAAGGAUUUGAAGCAAAGGUUUUCAAUGUCAAUAAUGUACAUGUCGUAAUCAGGACGAGAACGGAGCAUUUAACAGAUGAGGAGAAAGCCAGGAUUAAAAGUGAAAGGAAUGUCUUGGAGUCCCUUCUUGGGACAGUGGAGCAGCACAUAAGUGCACAGGGGGAUCUAACUCUUGAGUAUGCAACGGCCACAAAUCCCACUGCAAUCACUCCAGAGGAAUAUUUUGACCCUGACUUUGAGCUGGGCAACAGAGACAUCGGCCGUCCCAUCGAACUGACCGUCCGAACACAAAAAUUCAAAGGAACACUGUGGAUGAGCGAGGAACAUCCUCUGUCCCUGGUGGAGCAGGUGACCCCCAUUAUUGACAUCAUGGCUCGAACCAGUUCCCAUUUUGCAAGACUACGAGAUUUUGUAGCCCUGAAAUUUCCCCCUGGAUUUCCUGUUAAAAUAGAGAUCCCCCUGUUUCAUGUGCUUAAUGCCAGGAUUACCUUUUGUAAUCUGAAUAGCUGCAGAGAUGAAAAUGAAGUGAGUGCAUCUGCAGCCACCACACCGACUUCCUCUGUGGAAAAUGAAGCGGCGACAGCGCUCCCUCCAUUUCAGGUGUGUCCCUCAGUGUUUGAGGUUCCUGCGAGUUAUCACCACAGAGGGGGCAGCCGCCACGUGCACACGCCAAACAACGACGAGGAGCUUUUACAGUACGCCAUCCAUCAGAGUCUUCUCGACCAGGAGAGCGUCUGGAACGUUGAGGAGGAGGAAGAAUUAGCUAAUGUAGUGCCAAUCAGCCAAAAUGACAGGAGUAUCCCCGAGGGGGUGCUGGUGGAGUACGAAGACGCCUCCUGCCCUGCCCCUAACCUCGAGUCAGACCUCCGCCUAGCCAUGGAGCUCUCUGCUCAAACUCAAGAGGAAGAGGCGAGGAUGAGGAAGCAGGAGGAGGAGGAGCUGGAGAGGAUACUGCAGCUGUCACUCAUGGAAAAAUAAAAGGGAAAAGAGGAAACGUUUUCAGAUCCCAGAAGCAACCACCACACCUCAGAGAUCCUUCCUAACCUCUCGAUCCACCUAUGCAACAGCAGGUUUUUCUCUAAUGAAUUAGCCUCAUGCAGGUAAAAUUAACCUUUUUGAUAACGC